AUGUCAGCAGAGGCGAAGCAGCAGCAAGAAGAGCCUGAAGUUACGGAAGAAAAAGCAGCAGAAUCGGGUUCAAUUCGUUUCGAAGCUGCUGCUGACGCUGAAGAGGAAGAGCCGCUUCCGUCGGCGUCGGACUUCGCCUCGGACUCCGACUUGGAAAGCGACGAGUUUUCCUUUUCAGAUUCGGACUUCGACUCGGAGUUGGAGGGGAAAGAAGGCGAAAAAGAAGCUGAAGAAGAAGAAAGCGAAGAUGAAAAUGAAGUCUCCGUCGAAGACAUUCCGCCGAUGCUGGAAACCAGCAAAAAAAGAAAAGUUUCCGUUCAGAAACCUGAAGAUCGGCCGGCGGUUCCUGUUGCAACUCUGCGCAGACAGGCGGCUAAAAGACGAAAUACUCGAGUGCGGAUUGAAUACGAGCCGGAAGCCAUGGCGGAGGAAAUGUGA